AUGGAGCUGGUUUCGCACGCUCUGUUGAGCUUCCUCUCGUUGUCUGUGUGCUUUACCGCUGUCAGUUCUAAGGCCCUGUCUCAGGAUCGCAAACCUACGGUGGACUUCAAGCCGGGGAAUGGAAGCUACCUCCUCGCCACGUGCGGCUCGCCCGUCAAUCUUAUCCUCGAUGCCGCCGAUUGGCCUGGUGUUUUGCGCGCGGCGCAUGAUGUCGCGGUUGACUUUGGACGGGUUACAGGCGCCAACGGCACGUUGACUGCCAUUGGGAAGAGCACGGCGAAUGCUUCUGCCAUCUUCAAUGUCACGGGAAUCGGUGAAGACUGGAGCGUUGGCAAGGCGGGUAAUCGGACUACUCCUGGCGCUGGAAAGGGCAAAGGCACGAUCAUUGCCGGCACAAUCGGCAACUCGAGCUUGAUCGAUGCGCUGGUUAAGAGUGGCAAGCUCGAUGUGAGCAAGAUCAAGGGCGAGUGGGAGGCGUAUGUCAGCGCCGUUGUGAAGAAUCCGACGAACGGGACAGACGAGGCAUUGAUCAUUGCUGGAAGCGACAAGCGUGGCACAAUCUACGGCCUCUACGAUGUCUCCGAGCAAAUUGGCGUUUCCCCAUGGUACUGGUUCGCAGACGUCGUACCCAAGUCCCGCACCAACAUCUACGCCCUCCGAACGACCAAAGUCCAGAAAACCCCUAGCGUCAGGUACCGAGGCUUCUUCAUCAACGAUGAAGCGCCAGCCCUGACCGGCUGGGCAAACGCCAAGUAUCCCAAGUCUGCAUACGGUUGUCCGUUCGGCGCGGAGUUCUACUCCCACGUUUUCGAGCUGCUGCUCAGAAGCAGAGCGAACUACCUCUGGCCUGCGAUGUGGAACGGCAUGUUCAAUGUGGACGAUCCGCGCAAUCAGCCCCUCGCAGAUGAAUACGGUAUCGUCAUGGGCACCUCGCACACGGAGCCUAUGGUCCGCGCGACUCAGGAGUGGAACAAGGUGGCCAAGGGCACGGAUUCUGGCUGGCAAUGGGCCACCAACAAUGCCACGCUGUACGAUUACUUCAUGGAAGGUGCGGUGCGCGCUAAGCCAUACGAGAACGUCGUGACAAUCGGUAUGCGCGGAUACCACGACACUGCUAUGUCUCAGGAUGUGCAGACCAGCGUUCUGGAAGCUGUUGUUGCUGCGCAGCGCGAUAUCAUGGAUAAGGUGUGGGGCGAUGCUUCGAGCGUGCCUCAGAUGUGGUGCUUGUACAAGGAGGUACAGGCUUACUAUGAGGCGGGCAUGAGGGUGCCAGAUGACGUUAUCCUGCUAUGGACCGAAGAUAACUGGCAGAACAUUCGCAGGCUACCUGUUGGCGACGAAAAGAACAGAUCUGGCGGAGCUGGUGUGUACUAUCACUUUGACUACGUCGGGGACUCGCGAAACUACAAAUGGAUCAACACAAUCCAACUCCAAAAGACCUACGAGCAAAUGUUCCUCGCGCACGCCCGCGACGCGAACAAACUGUGGAUCGUCAACGUCGGCGACAUCAAGCCCUAUGAGAUCCCCAUCAGCCACUGGUUCGACAUCGCCUACGACAUGGACGCCUACGACGAGACUAGCGUGCCCCAGUGGCUCGAGGGCUGGGCCGCCCGCAACUUCGACGAGCGCCAUGCGAAGACUAUCUCCACCAUCAUGGACAAGUACGGCUUCUUGUCGAAUAUGCGCAAGUUUGAGUGGGUUGAGCCGGGGAGCUAUAGCGUGAUUAACUACGAGGAGGCGGAUAAGUUGUUGGCACAAUGGGCGGAGAUUGCGGACAUGGCGCAGGAGGUGUAUGACGAGCUGCCGCAGGCGCAGAAGGGCGCGUUCUACGAGAUGGUUCUGCAUCCGGUGCUUGCAGGCGGUAACUUCGUCGAUGUCCAGGUUGCGGGCGCGCGGAACCAGAUCUACUCCGGCAUGGGACGCAAUAGCGCGAAUGAUUGGAUGGAUAGGGUGAUUGAUGGCAUGGGGACAGACCAUGAGUUGACGCAGAAGUAUCACAAGCUCUUCAACGGGAAGUGGAACCAUAUGAUGGACCAAACCCAUCUCGGAUACCAAGGAUAUUGGCAACAGCCCAUGCGCCAAUCCACCCCCUUCCUCCGCUGGGUACAAACAUCCGAACGCUCUCUCUCCGGCGACAUGGGCGUCGCCGUCGAAGGAUCCAACGCCACCAUCCCCGGCGACGACCAAUGGCACGGCAACGGCGGCGGCUCUCUCGACCUCCCCGCCAUGACGCCGUACACGCCCAAGCGCUGGAUCGACAUCUUCAGCAUGGGCACGCAGCCCUUCUCCUGGAACAUCAGCGCGGAGCCCUUCAUCAAGCUCUCGCAAUCCGGCGGCCGCAUCGCGCCCUCCGAUGCCGACGUGCGCGUCUACAUCGACGUCGACUGGGCCAAAGUCCCCGCCGGCUUCGGCAAGAAAACCGUGCUCAACAUCUCCUCCUCCACCGACUACGGCACCCAGUUCAGCAUGCCCACCGUGAACCUGCAGCUCAACAAAACCAGCCUCCCCAGCAGCUUCAGCGCCGGCUUCGUCGAGUCCGCCGGCGCGCUCGCCUUCGAAGCAGAGCACUACACGCGCCUGACCACCCAUGGAAACCUCUCCUACACCCUCCUCCCGCACUACGGUCGCACGCUCUCCGCGCUAAAACUCUCCUCCCCGCUCGCCGAAUCCCUCAGCCCCGCCACCGCGCCCGCGCUAGAAUACGACUUCUACACCUUCACGCCCACGACGAAAGCCAAGGGCCUCAACCUCACGCUCGUCCUCAGCCCUAGCCUGAACGUCAACCCCAAGCAGCCGCUCGCCUACGUCGCGCAGCUCGACGAGCUGCCCCCGCAGCGCCGCCAGUACGUCGUCGACCAGCCGCAGCCGGACUUCCCGGUCGGCUGGGGCACGGCGGUCGCGCAGAACGCGUGGCUGAAUACGACGAAUUGGGGGGCCGUGGAGCCCGGGAUGCAUACGCUGAAGCUGUGGCUGGUCGAGGCGAAUGUGCUGCUGCAGAGGGUAGUGGUCGAUUUGGGCGGCGUGGUGUAUAGUCAUAAUGGGCCGCCGGAGAGUUAUAGGGUAGGUGGGGGCGGGGCGGGGAAUGGGACGGCGAGGUGGUGA